AUGGUGAUAGCGUUGCCAGUCAACAUUUAUUAUCCAGCAUUGAAUGCUAUCAAGGAGGAUUUGAAUACAACAACCGAAAAUAUGAAUUUCACAGUUACGGUUUACAUUAUAGCGCAAGCUCUUGCUCCUGCUUUAUGGGGUCCAUUAGCAGAUAGAACAGGUCGACGCCCCAUGUUUCUGCUAGCGCUUUUGACAUAUACAAUUAGCUGCAUUGGUCUCGCACUUGCACCUAGUUAUCCAGUGCUUUUGGUUAUGCGUCUAAUGCAAUCUUUUGGUGCUAGUCCUACUGUAGCCAUAGCUUCUGGAAUUAUCGGGGAUAUCAGCACUUUGUCCACACGAGGCACAUACUUUAGCCUUAUGAGUAUGACACGCCAUGUAAUGACAACAACAGCGCCAAUGAUUGGUGGUGUAAUAGCACAAAAGUUGACGUGGCGAUGGAUAUGGUGGAUCAUGGCUAUCGCUGGUGGCAUCAUGGUCAUGCUCAUGUUCUUUUUCGUUCCUGAAACGCUACGCUCCCUUGUCGGCAAUGGUAGUGGAUAUGCAAAUCCAACACCUAUCCAGUGGUGGCGCCGUCGUCGAUACCUGAAGCGUCAACAGCAAUCUCAGCAAGCUGAUGAUCCAUGUCAACCACCGAUUCCUGAUACAGCUACAGCUACAAACAUUCCAACAACAAAGUCUCGAAAACGUAUCAAUCCAUUCAAAUCUUUAAUCUUUCUCAAGGAACCUGAUGUCAUGUGUGCACUUGUUUUUGGUGGUUUGUGCUUUGGUACCCAACAAAGUUUUAUGGUGACAACAGCGAACGUCUUGGCAAAUGUAUACCACCUCUCCGUAAUGAAUGUGGGUCUCUGCUUCAUUGUGGGAGGUGUGGGAUCAUUCUUGGGAGCCCUCACAGCGGGUCGUAUGGUAGAUUUCGAGUAUAGGCGUGUUGCUAUUGAAUUUUGUGGUCAUGUUCCCGACAAAGGCGAGAUUUCACAUGAUUUUCCAAUCUUCAAGGCUAGAUUAAGGUAUCCUCUUUGUGCGGCCAUAAUUAUGCAAGCAGCUGUUAUGACAUUUGGUUGGUGCGUGCACACCAUUCAGCCAUUGCCUGUACCCCUGGCAAUGUUGUUCAUUUUUUGCUUCACCCAUACUGGGAUAUUCAGCACAAUACAAACAUUGGCGGUUGACUUGUUUCCAGAAGACAGCUCAUCGAUUACAGCAACCAAUAACCUCGUACGCUGUAGCUUAGCGGCGAUUGCUACAGCCACCGUGGAGCUGGGUAUCCAAAGUAUUGGAGUGCAAUGGACGUGCUUUACAAUAUCAAUGAUACUCAUUGUGUCAAACAUUCUUCCAAUCAUAUUGAUCAAAUACGGCAAUAGAUGGCGAAUCAAACGUAUAGACAAGAAAGAUACCAACACAAAAAAGUCGAAUGUAUUGCCAGCGUGA